AUGGGACAGCAGAAGAAGAACCUCUCGGGGCUCUCUACCUUUCUCAAGAACGAGGUAGAUCCACGCCGUGCCGAUCUGCUGUUAUUCACUUGCUGUCUGUGUUCUGGUCUCGUGGACACGUACAACACCUUCGUGUCUAUGCAGACCGGAAACACGAUUUUCGUGGGACUGGGAGCAUCUAAUCAGAACCCGCGUCCAUUUGGAUGGGCACGCUCCUUGACCUCGAUCGGCUGUUUCGUUAUUGGCUGCUUCCUCUUUGCUCGACUGAAUCGCAUUAUGGGCGCUCAGCGUCGAGGAUCCCUCAUGCUAUCGUUCUUCAUCCAGGCCUCAUUGGUCAUUGUGACCGCCGCUCUCGUCCAGGCCGGGGCGGUAUCUAGUGCCAUUGACGACAACUCAGCGAAUCCCAUUGUCCGAUGGGACCAAGAAGUUCCAAUUGUGCUUCUGAGUAUCCAGUCAGCCGGGCAGAUUGUGGCCAGCCGCACUUUGGGAUACAAUGAGAUUCCGACCGUUGUGAUUACGAGUCUUCUUUGUGAUCUGAUGUCUGAUCCCAAACUCUUCCUGCUGCGCAAUGAAAAGCGCGACCGUCGGAUCAUUGCUUUUGUUCUGACGAUGGUUGGCGCUAUUGUCGGGGGGUGGGUCACGAAGUCAACGGGGAAUAUCGCACCCAUUCUUUGGCUGGCGGCAGGCAUCAAGUACAGCGUGGCGCUGGCGUGGGGAUUUUGGAGGGUCAAAGCCUAA